AAAAUACUUUUUUAUACACACUUUCAGUAUUACAAGUUUCACCCCAAAAACAAAAGGAUUUGACCAAAACAACCCAAAGGCAAAAAAAAAAAAGAAAACAUUAAUGAAAAGUAUGUAGAUUUUUUUUUUAUCUAUGUUGCUUGCUUAAUCAUCUUCUUCCUCUAUCUUGUUAUUAUUAGGGUUUGUAAAAUUUGCAGUGAAACUUCAAUUCUUCAAGUUCCUUGUUCUAACCAGAACAAAUCUAUAAUAUUACCAAAUUAUCCUUCUAUUUUUGACGAAUUCACAAUUGUACCAACACAAUUUUUUCCUAUAUUCAACCAUACAAUUGAACUUCUCAAUUUCUCCGCGAUUUCCUUUAGAUAUCUCAUCAUAGGAUUGGUGCUUUCGAGCUAUUUAUGAAGUUACUGGAACCUUAAUUUAGCUUCUAUCGAUUUCAUUUAUAGGGAAGAUAAAUCAGAGACAUUAUUGCCGAUUGCCUUUUGCAUGAGGUCAUUGAUGGGGACCGAGCUUAUGAGGAUAUGUGUUAAAGAAGAUAAUGAUGAUUUUCCGUCAGUUCCACCGGGUUUUGAGUCAUAUACAUCUUUCGCACUGAAAAGAGUAGAAGCGAAUGAGAAAGACAAUGAUAAAAAUUUGACCAGUUCCUCUACAAGUGCUUCUGAAUCGCAGUCAACUCAAGUCGGAAAUGGUGUUCAAAUUAGUGAUACUGCAAAAGUUUCUAGAUCCCUUCGACGAAGACCGUGGAUUAACCAUGGACAGUGUGAGAAUGGUUCAGAGGAAGACUGUGAUUGUGAGCGGCAUGAUCAAAAUUUCUCCUCGAGACCCUGUCUUCCUAAAGGAGUCAUCAGAGGAUGUCCAGAUUGCCCUAGUUGCCAAAAGGUAAUUGCCAAAUGGCGACCAGAAGAGGCUCUUAGGCCACAUCUCGAGGAUGCUCCUGUUUUCUACCCCACUGAAGAGGAAUUUCAAGAUACAUUGAAAUAUAUAUCGAGUAUUCGAUCCAGAGCUGAACCAUAUGGAAUUUGUCGUAUUGUUCCCCCCCAAUCAUGGAAGCCCCCUUGUCCUCUGAAGGAAAAAAGUAUAUGGGAGGGUUCUAAAUUUGCUACUCGUGUUCAAAGGAUUGACAAACUUCAGAAUCGUAAUUCAGGGACAAAGAAGUCGAGGAUUCAAAAUAAUUUAAAAAGGAAAAGGAGACGAUGCACAAGAAUGGGAGUGGAUAAUGGCACUGAAUCAGAUCCUAAUGCAGUAUUUUGUGAAGUUGAAAGGUUUGGGUUUGAACCUGGACCAGAAUUUACCUUGGAAACAUUUAAGAGAUAUGCAGAUGAGUUUAAGGUCAAAUACUUCAGAAAUGAUAAUUUAUCUCAUCCAAGUGCUAAUACAACCAUUGUAAGUGGUACCUCGGAGCCUUCUGUGGAGAACAUUGAAGGCGAAUACUGGCGGAUGGUCGAGAGUCCUACUGAAGAAAUUGAGGUGCUUUAUGGAGCUGAUCUAGAAACUGGGGUUUUUGGGAGUGGUUUUCCCAUCAACUCUAGUCAAGUUUCUGAUUCAAAUGAACAGUACAUAAAAUCUGGCUGGAAUUUAAAUAACUUUGCAAGGUUACCUGGAUCUCUGCUCUCUUAUGAAACCAGUGAUAUAUCUGGUGUUGUAGUGCCAUGGUUGUAUUUAGGAAUGUGCUUUUCGUCAUUUUGUUGGCAUGUGGAAGAUCAUCAUUUAUAUUCAUUGAAUUAUAUGCAUUGGGGUGCUCCAAAAAUGUGGUAUGGUGUCGCUGCAAAAGAUGCAUGCAAAUUGGAAGAGGUCAUGAGAAAGCAUUUACCUGAACUCUUUGAAGAACAACCUGACUUGCUUCAUAAGCUGGUCACACAACUUUCUCCUUCUAUUCUUAAGUCUAAAGGUGUGCCAGUUUAUAGGUGUGUCCAAAACCCUGGGGACUUUGUUCUGACAUUUCCUCGAGCCUACCACUCUGGGUUCAAUUGUGGCUUCAACUGUGCUGAGGCUGUUAACGUAGCUCCUGUUGACUGGCUGCGCCAUGGGCAUAUUGCUAUAGACCUGUACCGGGAGCAGAGGCGCAAGACUUCCAUAUCUCAUGAUAAGCUAUUGCUUGGGGCUGCUAGGGAAGCAGUACGAGCCCAGUGGGAGAUCACUUUGCUUAAGAAAAACACAACGGAUAAUCUAAAAUGGAAAGAUGUCUGUGGAAAGGAUGGUCUUCUGGCAAGCGCAUUCAAGGCACGUGUUGAGACGGAGCGAGUAAAAAGGGAAUUUCUCUGCAGUUCUUCAAAAGCAUUAAAAAUGGAGAGUAGUUUUGAUGCUACAAGUGAAAGGGAAUGUAGCAUCUGUUUUUUUGAUUUACACCUAUCUGCUGCUGCCUGUCACUGCUCCACAGAUAGAUAUGCUUGCUUGGAUCAUGCAAAGCAGUUUUGUUCAUGCUCUUGGAGCUCUAGAUUUUUCCUUUUUCGUUAUGAUAUCAGUGAACUAAAUGUUCUUGUUGAGGCAUUGGAAGGAAAAUUAAGUGCAGUUUACAGAUGGGCAAAAUCGGACCUUGGGCUGGCACUAACUUCUUAUAUCUCACUAGAUAAAAAAACAAUAAUUCAGGAAUUGAAAUUGCAUCCAUCAAAUAAAUUUAUUGACAAUGCUCAAUCGGCAGAUGUUCCAAUAGUGGAUCGAGCAUAUUUGGCUAAUAUUAAGGAUCAGAGCUAUCUUAAACAGAAGAAGUCAGCAGAAGCUGUGUCUCCUUUGAGUCACAAGAGAGAACUGUCAACAUUUAAUAGCUCUAAACCUACUCACGAAAUGGCUAAUCGUAAGAUCCGUGUUAUUAAAGAAGAAUCUGUUAGUUGCAUAUCAAAGCCGAGUGCCCCUGUUUGUGAAUUAAAUCAAGAGGAUUCUUCAUAUGCGUUAUCUCCACCUUUAGCUCAACAUGGAGAUGAGAAAAGUUCACAUUCCAAACCUAAUGUUAUACUUCUUAGCGACGAUGAAGAUGAUGAAGUGAAGACAUCAGAUUCAAAUAGAAGGAAGGAGGUUCCUCAUAUGCUUGCUGGUUCUAGAAAUAAAGCAAGCCCGUGUAGUGAUAUAGAAUACAAAAGCCUGACCAUUCCUGUAACAGAUGCUUCUGUGACGGGCGAGAAGGAUGCUAUUGCGGUGCAUCGUGAAGAUUCAGGUUCGAGUUCAACUAAGCUUUUGCAUGUAAAACAAGAAUGUCACGAACAGAGAGGACCAGUUCUACCUUCAACCCCAGUAGAUCUUUCUUUUCAUAUAGGUCUUACUAGUACAGAACCAGUUAAAAGUAUUCCAGCUUCUUCAAGAGUGGAUGCCGGUGGUCAUAGUUUAGAAACUUUAGAGGUUUUUCCUCCAAACCCACAACCUUCCGGCCCUAUUAAGGUUAAGAACGAGGAUAAUCAUGAGAAGUUUGAUGGAUGUUCCACUUCGAAUGUAGCAGACCAUGCAAGAGCUGCUAUUGGAAAUAUCUCUUGUGGUCCAAACGUUCACCGUCAGAAAGGUCCUCGUAUUGCAAAGGUUGUCCGGCGCAUCAACUGCAAUGUUGAGCCUUUGGAAUUUGGAGUUGUGCUUUCUGGAAAAUCAUGGUGCAGCAGUCAGGCUAUAUUUCCAAAGGGAUUUAGAAGCCGCGUUCGAUACAUAAAUAUCUUAGAUCCAUGCAGUACAUGUUACUAUAUUUCAGAAAUUCUUGAUGCUGGACGUGGUUCGCCUCUAUUUAUGGUUUCCUUGGAAAAUAAUCCAAGUGAGGUCUUCAUUCACAUGUCAGCGACAAAAUGCUGGGAUAUGGUAAGAGAGAGAGUGAAUCUAGAGAUAGCAAAACAACAUAAGUUGGGAAAAAAGGGUCUUCCUCCUUUACAUCCUCCUGGCAGCCUUGAUGGCUUUGAAAUGUUUGGGUUUUCUUCACCGGCAAUAGUGCAGGCUAUUGAGGCACUGGACCGAAGUCGAAUUUGCAAUGAAUACUGGGAUUCCCGGCCAUUCUCUAGGCCUCAAGGUCAGCUUUCACAAGCUGGCCAGAGCACUGUAAAUGGUGGAGGCGGAAAUGAUCAAGGGAAUCCUGCGACCGUUGGAGCUGUUUCAGUAAUAAAGAGUCUAUUUAAAAAGGCGAAUGCGCAAGAAUUGAACUCAUUGUACAGCAUUCUUACCGACAACAAGCCAGCAGCUGAACAGAUCCCAAUUAAGCAAAUUCUCUAUGAAGAAAUUCACAAAACCCAACCACCGUAGGUGAUUGAUUAUUGGACAUAUUUUUUUCAUAUGCCUAACCUUUUCUUGACAUGUAAAUUGUAGUUCAUUUGAUGUUGCACAUGCAACUUCAUCCAACCUUAGUCUUUGGUUUUUUCCCACCUUAAUGGAGGUUAUAGAGAAAGUAAAAGGAGAAAAUAGGAAAUAAAAUUAGAAAAAGGGGAAUGAAAGCUAUUCCCUUUAAAUUUUUUGCUUAUUUCAAGUGGUAGUGGGGAUGGAGAGUUUUUUUUUUGGACAGUAAGAAA